AUGGAGAUAGACAGCGAAAGUAAAACCCUAGAAGACGAACUAAACAACAACAACGGAGACCAACUUCAGAGCCCUAAACCCCGUUCCUCUUCUUCCGAUUCCGAUUCCGAUUCCGACUCAGAAGAUGAAUCGCAGCAAAAUCAAGAGCUUGAAACCCUGGAAACUGAGCUCUCCAGUAACCCCGCCAAUUAUGAUUCUCACGUUCAAUACAUAAAACUGUUGAGAAAAAUGGGAGAGAUAGAUAAGCUUAGACAAGCAAGAGAAGCCAUGAACACCGUGUUUCCAUUAAGCCCUGAAAUGUGGCGUGAUUGGGCGAAAGAUGAAGCUUCUAUUUCUGGGCCUGAGGGUUUUGUGGCGGUUGAGAAGAUUUAUGACCGUGGUGUGUUUGAUUAUCUGUCUGUUCCUCUUUGGUGUGACUACUUGAAUUACAUACAAGAACAUGAUCCUUCAGUGCGUGCAUGUUCUCCUGAUGGAAUUUCGAAGGCCCGAAACCUCUUUGAGCGUGCUCUUACUGCUGCUGGUGUGCAUGUUGCUGAAGGCAAUAAAAUUUGGGAAGCAUACAGGGAAUUUGAACAGGCUAUUUUGCAUACCAUUGACGAGAGUGACAUUAAGGCAAAGGAAUUGCAGGUCCAACGGGUUCGAAAUAUUUUCCACCGGCAAUUGUCUGUUCCACUUGUUAACUUGCAGUCAACACUCCUUGCUUACAAGGCUUGGGAGGUGGAACAAGGGACUGAUCUUGAUGCCAAAUCUAGUGAAGUUGACGGUAUACCUUCUCAUCUUGCCUCAGCAUACCAAAAGGCCAUGGAAGCUUAUAAUGCUCGUGCUCAGCAUGAAGAACAGAUUUCUAUGCAGAAUAUAUCUGAUACAGAAAAAUUUCAAAAUUUCAUGGUCAUUGUUGUUAACUAUUUAAAAUUUGAAAAGUCUGCGGGCGAUCCAGCUCGUGUUCAAGUUUUAUACGAGCGUGCUAUGACUGACUUUCCUGUAUCAAGUGAUCUCUGGCUUGAUUAUACUCGCUAUCUGGACAGGACCUUGAAGGUUGGAAAUGUUCUGAGGGAUGUUUAUUCCAGGGCAACAAAAAAUUGUCCCUGGGUUGGAGAGCUUUGGGUUCAGUAUUUGCUUUCCUUGGAACGUGGCCGGGCUCCUGAAAAGGAGAUAUCUUCUGUUUAUGAAAAGUCUCUGCAAUGCACUUUUUCAACAAUUGAGGAGUACUUGGAUUUGUUUCUAACACGAGUACAUGGUUUGAGGAGGAGAAUUGUAUUUGGUGGUGAAGCGAAUGGUGUUUUGGAUUAUUCAUUAAUAAGGGAAACUUUUCAGUAUGCAUCAGAUUACCUGUCACCACACCUAAAGAACACAGAUGGUUUGCUGCGUCUACACGCUUACUGGGCUCGUCUAGAGAUGAAUUUGGGAAAAGAUUUAGUUGCAGCUCGUGGAGUUUGGGAGAGCUUGCUUAAGAUCAGGCAGACCAUAUGUUCUUUUGACUGUUUUCUUCUUUCUAUUCAUCUAGUUUUACCUAAAUUUGGUUCAUUGGUGGAAGCUUGGCAGGGUUAUAUAGCAAUGGAAACUGAAUCGGGUCACAUAAGUGAAGCUAGGUCCUUAUACAAGCGAUGCUAUAGCAAAAGAUUUGCUGGAACAGGCUCAGAGGACAUUUGCCAUUCUUGGUUGCGAUUUGAAGAGGAGUUUGGUACACUGGAAGAUUUUGAUCAUGCUGCGCAGAAGGUUACACCUCGUCUAGAAGAGCUCCAGUUGUAUAGGAUACAACAGGAAACAAAAGCAUCAACAGAUCAGAGGGGUGCAAUAGCUACUGACGAACAGUCUCCAGCAAAGCGGCCAAAGCAAACAGCUCAAACUCAAAAGAAAGGGUACAAGGAUAAAGAUCAAUUGCAGAAACAUGAUGGAGUAAAUGAGGCCCAAGAGGCAAAAAUUGAUCUUGAAAAGACAGAUAGUGCCCCUGAAAAACAGAUGAAAGGCUCGGACUUUGGACUGGCUUAUGUGGAUUUUGUGGAUGAUCAACACCUUGCUGCAGCUAUAACAAAGAACAAGCAGAUGUUACAUGGGAAGAAGCUGAGCAUUGCACGGUCAGAUCCCAAACAGAACCGAAGAGAUGGCCAUAGAGUUCCCCGGGAACAAGGUUUUGCUAGUGACCAAAGAAGAGAGAACCGGGAAUCUGCUUCCAAAGAGUAUGUUGAUACCCACAGUGCAUCAAGGGCACAUCAGGCUUCUCAGCCUGCUACUCUCAAGUCAGAUGACAACAUCCAGCUCAAGGGGAAGAACAUAUUUGCAGUGCCGAGAAACGUUAUGACAAUUGGCAUGUCCGCAAACAAGUCAAAAACAGUGGAAGAAGGAGAUGAAAAACCAAAGUCAAAUGACGAGUUCAGAAAAAUGCAACAAAGUCUGUUGGAAGUGGUGGAGUUUGCAUCUGCCGUGGGAAAGGAAGGAGUACUAUACCUAGUUGCUGCUGCUGGUGCUUUAAUGGGUGUGCCUUUUCUGUAG